AUGGAGCGGCGGCUAAAUCACGAUGUCAGAAUAAGGUCAGUCUCUUCCGAUCUACGGUUGCCAUGCGUUGGUCCUUUGGGUCCUGAGCACAACGACUUCUCAUUUGUCCACUACAACAAACUCUACUACGAUAAGCUUUGCCUGAUUCCGGUGAUGGAGGCGAGGACGGUGACGCACCUCGCAUCGCGGCAGAGGCGAUGGACCUGCUGCGCCCGGUGGCCGCCGCCUUCUCUUCCCUCCGACGGCGACCGGGCGCCCACGGAGAUGGCGCCGCUCUUCCCCGGCUGCGACUACGAGCACUGGCUCAUCGUCAUGGACAAGCCCGGCGGGGACGGCGCAUCCAAGCACCAGAUGAUUGACUGCUACGUCCACACCCUCGCCAAGGUCCUCGGAAGCGAGGAAGAGGCAAAGAAGAAGAUCUACAACGUUUCGUGCGAGCGCUACUUCGGGUUCGGGUGCGAGAUCGACGAGGAGACGUCCAACAAGCUCGAAGGGAUUCCUGGUGUUCUCUUCGUGCUCCCUGAUUCGUAUGUGGACCCUGAGCACAAGGACUACGGAGCCGAGCUGUUUGUGAAUGGGGAGAUUGUGCAGAGAUCUCCGGAGAGGCAGAGGCGGGUGGAGCCUGUGCCGCAGAGGGCGUCGGACAGGUCGAGGUACAACGACAGGACCCGCUACGUGCGGCGGAGGGAGAACCAGCAGCGAUGAUGAUGUCUCGCCGCAACUACAAGGCUGGCCCGAUCUCCUCCUCCGUAGGCACCUGAUGGAUUUCGUCUCCUAAUCCUGAUGAAAAUGUAGCCUGUGCUUGUGCUGCUAGUCUGUUUCAUAAAACACUGCAUCUGGACAGUCAGUUCGGUAGUUUUCCUCUCAGCUUGUUAUGGUUUGGAUGGAUGAUUUUUAGCAAGAUUUGUGAUGUAUAGUUACGGUUUGAACUCUGAAGCACCAAACUGGCAUGUAGUUCCUUCA